GUUUGCCACAUUUCCAACAUCGUACUCCACUUUUGCCAUGUUCAAAGGCAUUCUUCCAGCGAAGAGGAUAUCCUCUUCAGACUUUACGAUGGUCACUUCCCUGGCUGACGUCCCAGCAAAUGGCAAGGAGAACCAGCCAGGCGGCCAACCACUGCUAGCCACUGCAACGAAAAUUGCACGUCCAGCUACUGCAACCAAAGGAUUCCAGCAGCCCUAUGAAAAGAAGAAGAAAACAGAGUCCAAAGGGAAUGUCCAACCGUCGGGAACGGUGGGCCCCGAGACUAAUCUUGCCUUUGAUCGACUUUUGGAUGACUUGCAAAUACCUUCUACUCUCCGUCCCAAGCUUGCAGGCAUGGAUUCUACGGUCAAGGCUGCCAUGUUGAAGUCAUCACACGUGUUAGCCCUCAAACCAACCCAAGUUGAUGACGAACUACCCCCAAUUCCGCGUUCAACGAACCUCCGGCGAACGAGGAGCACAGAGUCUCUUGGAUCUCCUCGACUUUCUUCAGCUUGUCUAGAUGAUGACGUGUUGCGACCACCCGUAUUACCAUUUGCCUCCCCAGUACGGAUCUCAGCGCAUCACGCCUCUUCUGUAAGCGCCUCCCCUUCGCCCCGAAAGGCCAGCAAUCAUAUCAGAGGCCUGUCCUAUAGUGGCUUAGCUUCUCGGAGCCAGAUCAACCUUCCAUCCUCCGGCUCCGUAAUUGACUUGACGACUGGUGGCAAGACCGUAAAAGACAAAUAUUCGUCCCUUGGAAAAAACAUGUCCCCCAAUAAGCUCAUCAGUAUCUUGACAAGUACUUCAAGCACGGAACUGGACGUGGAAUUGAUCAAGAAGCUGCGACUGCUGCUUCGAAACGAGUCCGCAAGCUGGUCACAAGAAUUUCUGCGCAUGGGUGGUUAUUCCGCUCUAUUGACGCGUUUGAAUGAAAUUCUAGAAGUUGAAUGGAGGGAGGAGCAACACGAUGACCAGUUAUUGCACGAGCUGCUUAGAUGCUUCAAGGCGCUUUCUACAUCCUCAAUAGGAUGCUUUGCUUUGCGUAGCUCGUGCCCAACCCCGUUCGUCCAACUUGUGGCCUUGUUAUACUCUGAUAAGAAGCCCGGCGAUGUUGCCACUCGACAACUCAUUGUCGACCUCAUUCUCAUUCUUUUUGAACUGUAUCCGACAUCCGCUUUACCUGCUCACAGUAAUGCGAUGCCUAAUUGCACUCGACGCGAAGUAUGGGACAACGACUCUGAAAUGUCUACGUCUAGCAAUCUCAUCACACUCCCGGCCCCCCACAAAACGUUUUUCUCCCUGAUCAGAGCGUUAUUGUUGACCCCAGCUCCACCCCCGACAGAAUCGCCUGCUACUCCCGUUUCACCACACGCGUUCAUCGAAUCUCUCCACAAGUCCAGAAUAUACAAAUCCUAUCUGCAAGAGCUCUCGGAUGUCUGCCGCGAUUACUUUUGGGUAUUCUGUCAUCCUAACAAUACUAUUUGGGUUUUGUCAGAGACAGACGAAGGUCGUGUGGAGAAGCCCAGAGCACCAGGAGGAAUGACUGGGGGUGUUGAAUUUGAGGCUAUGGGUUACUUUACGACACACUUACGGUUAAUCAACGCCCUCGCGCAAUGUGCAGCUGACCUCAAGAUGCCCAAGGACCAUGACUUGUCAGCGUUUCGUCUUCAUUCUGAUCUAUUUUUGUCCGGCCUGGAGCGUAUGAUACUUAUCUCGAGAAAGGCUUCCACCACUUACUACCCCACGCUGCAUCUAGAACUUGCUCGGUAUAUUGCACAUGUGGGCAACGCAGGUUACGAACUUCCCUGGGCUAUAUCUCGUCUUCUAGGCCCCCCACCUCCUGCGCUAUGCAAGACCAAAAGCGUCAUUACUAGUUCUCCACCACCGUCGCCCACAAAACGCGCUAGUCGUGGCCCACCGCCCGGUUUUCUAUCUGCAAGGUUGGAUCCCAAGUAGAAGAUGGUGCGAGCCUGUUGUACUAUAUAUCUAGUAUUUAGACUGGUAUUACUUUUUUCAACCUCACUGCCGCUAGCGACAUCUAGUAUACUCACUGUCAACACAUAUUUGGAUCUUCCUUUUUUUGAAUCUGUAUAUACAUAAAUGACA